AUGGGUUUAUUUGGUAAGAAGAAAAAGAAGGAAGAUUCUAAAGAAGAACAAAAAUUUACUGGGGAAGUAGGUUGUCUCAGUGAGUCCCAGGAAACUUGUUUAAGCCAGUUGAAACAGCAUAUUGUAGAGAAUCAGUUGACGACAUCUGAUCGUUUUGAUGAUUAUUACCUCCUCAGAUUUUGUAGAGCUAGGUUUUUUAAGAUCAAAGAUGUAAUCAAGAUGUUCAAGGAGUUUAUUAAGUGGAGAGAAGAGAAUGAAGUCGACUAUGCCUUCAUAAGAUUUGACCUCAGUAAUAUCCCCAAAGUCAAAGAAAUUCAUCAAUCUGGAUAUCACGGUACCGACAGAGAAGGAAGGCCUUUUAGUAUAGAUCGACCAUGUACUGCUCAUCCUAUUGAAGAGCUCCUCAAGAUAGCUGAUACAGCAGAGAUCGCUAGGAGCUAUAUGCGGGACUAUGAAUAUCUUCUUCAUGUAAGAAUGCCAGCUUGUUCAGCAGCUGCUGGGAAAAGAAUUGACACAAUCUUAUCGGUUAUUGACUUAAAAGGACUCACAAUGGGGAUGUUUAAAGAAAAGAGUAGGGAGUUUCUUAAAACUCCGAUAGGUAUAACCCAGAACUACUAUCCUGAAAUAAUGCAUGAACUACUAAUCAUUAACGCUCCAGUAGUCUUUAAAGCUAUUUGGGCGAUCCUCAAAACGUUUUUGGCAAAGGAUACAGUUUCAAAGAUCAAAACAUUUGGAAAGAAAUAUCAAGAAAAAUUAUUUGAAAGAGUUGAUCCAGAUAACAUACCUGCAAUUAUUGGAGGCAGCUGUACUUGUGAAGAAAGAGGUGGAGAUUGCUUCAGAUCUGAUUUCGGUCCUUGGGAAGUAUUUAAAGGUGACAGAUUUGGAGAGAUGUACAAAAGACAGAUGGAAGGAGAUUUAAUGACAGUACCUAUUCCAGAUCCAACUCCAGCUAUCCCUCUUUCUGCUCCUGUUUCUACUGAUAUACCUGUAUCAGUGCCAGUAACAGCUCCUGUUCCUGUUCCCGUCAGUCUUGCUCCAGAAUCUCUAUAAAAUGAAGUAGAAAGAUAAAAAAUUCAAUG